CAACGAUGCCCUCUAUUUUCACGAUUACACCCAUUAGCCAUGAAGCGUUUCGUCCCCCGGGAUGCGCGGUUGGUAAUCCGCUCUGGCGUUCGCGCUCCACGUCCGUUCCGGCCCCUCAGAUUCCCGCGAACCCCGCACCAGCACCCCUCCCGGCUAUUUCACGCUUCGGCGGCGCAGCUGGCCGUUAAGCCAUACUUGCUGGCAGAUAUUGGAGAAGGCAUUACGGAGUGCCAGGUUAUCCAGUGGUUCGUACAACCCGGAGCGCGCGUCGAGCAGUUCGACAAGAUAUGCGAAGUGCAGUCAGACAAGGCAACGGUGGAGAUUACUUCACGCUUCGAUGGGGUCAUAAAGAAGCUUUACUACGAAGCGGACGACGUUGCUAAAGUAGGCAAGCCACUAGUAGACAUAGACAUCCAGAGCGACAUCUCUCCGGCAGACGAAGAUGUCAUAAACUCUCCUGGAAACGAGGCACCGGAAGCGUCGGAGAAACAGAGCGAAGCGCGGCCCUCCGAAACGAGUAUAUCGGACAAUAGUGUUGCCCAGUCUUUUUCGCCUGAGCCAGCAGGCUCUCAGGACCCAUCGCAUAGCAAAUAUGCGGAUCUUGCGACGCCGGCAGUCCGGCAUAUGCUUAAAAGAUACAAUAUCAACAUUAGGGAUGUACAGGGUACGGGCAAGGAGGGGAGGGUCCUAAAAGAGGAUGUGCAAAAAUAUGUGACCUCGGAGGAAGUAGGGGAAAGCGCAGAGGAAAGCGCAGAAGCUCCUGCUCCUCCUCCUGAGCCCACGGCGUCCGGAGACAAGGUCAUCCGUCUCACGCCUAUCCAAAAGGCAAUGUACAAAACCAUGACUACCUCACUCAAUAUCCCGCACUUCCUCUACAGCGAUACCGUCAACGUCACCAACCUCAACGCUAUCCGUCACAGGCUUAACGAGGAGUCCGCCCGGCCGACCGACGCCUCCAACACACCGAGACUCUCUCCCCUCCCCUUCAUCGUCAAAGCCGUCAGCAUGGCCCUGACCUCCUACCCCAUUUUGAACUCAUAUCUCAACCCCGGCCCUAAUCCGGCUACCCAACCGCAGCUUAUCCACAAAGCACAGCACGAUAUUGGCAUCGCGAUGGACACGCCUUCAGGGCUGGUUGUGCCUGUGGUGCGGCACGUCCAAGCCCACAGCAUAAUCUCUUUGGCAUUGGAGAUCUCGCGUCUCGCGGACCGCGCAAAAGCAGGCAAGCUCGCAGCUGCCGAUCUUGCGAGCCCGACGUUCACGGUCAGCAACAUAGGUAGCAUUGGCGGGACUGUUGUCGCGCCCGUCAUCGUCCCGCCGCAGGUCGGGAUUCUGGGCAUCGGACAAAUGAAGACUGUGCCGCAGUUUGGGGCGGAUGGGACGAUUGUGAAGAGCGAUCAGUGCGUGCUUAGUUGGAGUGCGGAUCACAGGGUUGUUGAUGGCGCGAUGGCGGCGAGGUGUGCGGAGCGAGUGAGGUCCUUGUUGGAGAAGCCGGAGGAUAUGCUUGUAAGAUUGAAGUAAGGGAUUUACGGUAAUGUGUUGAGCUUGAAGGAGGAUGUUCUCGGUAAUUGUUUCUGGGUUUUAGCGCAUUCGGCGAACGGAGUUGGUUUUAGGAACUUCUAUUUAUGUAGAGCGAGCUCUAUACCCUGGUAAUCGAACUUCACCCCAGG